AUGAGAAAAAUGAUAGAUGCUGAAUAAAAGAGGACAGACAAAUCAAACAAAAUCAUGUUUAUGGAUAGAGAGUGUUAAGAGUUAUAGAAGGCAGUUGAAGAUUUGGAGUAGAAAAUUUAAUAUACAAAAAAAGUUGAAACUGAGAAAUUAUAAAAAGAAGCAGAAAACCAUAAAAAUGAAAUCGAAAAAAUCAGAGCAUACAAUAACUCUCUAAAGGAUGAAUUAGGCAGAUUAUUAGAAGGCAGAAGAUGACUAAGAUAUAAUAUAUAUAUAUAUAUAAUAAAUCGAUAUAUAAAUAUUUU